CGUCACACACCGUUGAGGGAGCUAAUCAAUCAAUCAACCUCAUUAGCCCCAAGUGCAGGAGCAAUUCGUCUGAAACCUACUUGGCUUAAUUGAUUGUUAGUACAAGUUUAUUGGUUUUGACUGAGGAGAGCCGCAAUGGAUGAAGACUGUGAUUUGGCUGAAGAUUUUGACUGUCCAAGCCUUCUGUGUGAAGAACUGGAAGAUUUGGAAACAAAGAGUGACCCGAGGAGUGUGAGGAGGAGGACAGUGGAAAGAGAGGAGGAAGUGUUUAAUCAGAGGGAGGAUGAAGAGGCAGGAAAGGAGAGGGAGCGAGAAGGGAAGGAGGGGGAGCAGGAGAAAGAAAAGAAAGUUGAGUCAGAAAAGGAACUGAUGACCACAGAGGGAGGAGAGAAGGAACAGGUGAAGAUAGAGAGUAGGCUGGAAGCGAAGGAAGCACAGGAGGUGCAGAUGGAUGACAACGAGAUUGAGUGCAACAAAGAAACAAUUGCUGAUAAGCACGAAGACAAAGAAAGAAGAGGUCUAGAAGAGAGAGAUGACAAGAAAAAGAGUAGGAAGAGGCGAGGUAAGAAGCAAUGUGAGCGAGUGAGAAACAGGAGAGGUUUAAAAGAUGCUACUGAGCCAUUUGAGGAGAAAAAAAGGAGUCAGAUUCAGGACGUGUUAGCGAUGAGCUCUGAGGAGAGCUCGGCUCUGUCGGAGCCUGGCAUUGGACUGAUGAACAGCUGUGACCUGUCUGAUCCUGUCUAUCUGGAUUGUGGGGGGACAGGGCUAUUUUGUCCCCCAGUUCCUGUUCCCUUGCUCUACUCCUCACAGCCUCCAGUACCAAUCCAACCUGCACUUCCACAUCCCCAUGGGACAAAGCGACCCCACAGCCCUCUUUUGUCUCACAGUCUCCCCCAGCAGGGCACCCAGCCUCUUGAGAUGGAGAUAACCCAGGUCUACUCCACCCGACGCUCCAUCCGCUACAGCACCAGGGGCCGAAGUCGGGCCCUGAGCUUCACUCUGCUGCCGGCGUUGGAGCCUGUGGACAGCUGCCUGCUGCCCCCUGCACCGAAGAAGAAAACACGAACGCUCUACAGUACUGAUCAGUUAGAGCAUUUAGAGGCUUUGUUCCAGGAGGACCACUAUCCUGACGCAGAGAAAAGGAAAGUCAUCGCUGCUUCAGUUGGUGUCACACCUCAAAGAAUUAUGGUCUGGUUUCAGAACCGCAGGGCUAAGUGGAGAAAAGCGGAACGAUCCAUCACAGCAAAGGUUGAACAGAGACAGAGUAGACCUGGAUGUAGCCUCAGCCCCCCACUUCAACAAAUCAACCCCACCCUGCCCACAUUGGCACCCAACAGUAAGGGAGCACCAUCUUUUUCUGGUCACUUUGCUGCCAAGCUGCCCCAGUUCACCACUGCAGCACCUCCUUUCCCCACCCUGUCCAGCCAGACUCUGCCGUCCUACAGUAACCUGCUGGCCAGCCUCAAUAGCCCAGGCCAAUCCAGAGUGAGAGAUGGGAGCCAACACCAGCUUUCAUCUCAGACUGGGUUGGCAGAGUACCACCCCCGCCCAAUGCACAGCCCUCCCCCACUGCGCAGAGCCAGUCUGCCCCUUUUCACAACAACCUACAACCCCUCCAACCCCACUCCACCUAUCCUUAACACCCUGGCUCCUACCCCACCUCUGUUUCUGGAUGCUGUGGAGGGUGGCUCCUCCUUGCCCCAUCGUGACACCCAGUCUCUGCAGACAGACACCAGUUCUCUUUUUGACUUUGGAGAGAAGCUCGACUAUUUGACCUCAAGCCAGCAGAACAGUGCAAUCCCCUACCAGCUCCCGACCUCCUACCCAGCCAGUCAGCCCCAGCACCAAUCUCAGGCAUCUGUGCCCCGCAUGGCCUACCUCACCCCUUCCCCCUACCUCACCCCCAAUGCUCCAGAUACCAACCCUACGUCCUACCUGACCUUUGGCCCUGGAGGAAACUCCACCGGGAUGGUGACCUACUCCACUGGGUGCCACGCCUACUUCCAGUCCCAGGGUGCAGGACAAAUUCUGCUGCAGUCGGCCGGUCAUCAUGGUGGAAUUGCAGGAUACCAGUCAUACCCGUGGGGUAGUAUGUAUAAUCAACCAGCUGUCCACCAGCGUGCUCAGUGCCCCUCAGCUUACCCUACCAGCUUGGGAGGCACUCGAGAUCACCAGCCACCCUCCUCCACCACCCUUCCUCCACCUUCAUUCUUCACCCUGGGGGACCAUGGACCCUCACAUGUAAAUUCCCAGCAUUCAUCACACACGCAUACACAGACCACCACCAGCAGCAACAGCAUCACCACCACUGUCCUCCCUCCUGUGUCGACCCUGCAGCCGCCUUGCCUCAGAGCAGACAUCACUCCAACUAAGGCGGCAUCGCUGCUACCUUCUCAGGUCAGCCCUGCUUCCCCAGAAAGCUCUCCAGUACCCCCGUGUGUCAAGAUUGAGUAUGACAGUCCUCAAGAGAUUCAUAGCCACUUCCACUGCGACUUCUCCAACAUACAUUUCUGACUGCAUGUUUGUUUGUGUGAGAGAGCGUCUUUGAAGUAUCUGUGUAAAUAUGUCCUGUGUAAGUGUGAGUAUUCCUGUAUGUUCCAUUUAUAUUACUAUUAGGAUGUUCUCAGUAGAAAUGUCAGCAGACGUUUAUGUUGGUUACGUUGCAUUUAGCUUGGCUGCAAUAAAUGCUCAUUGCUGUGUUAAUUUA